AUGCCACCCAACGCCUCGACAUCUACGAUACCCCCAAAACUACCCCCAGACCAAGUACCUGUAGUGUUUCAGAGAAUACGAUCGGAAAUGCAAAGUUUAGCGCAGAAAAUAGGGGAGCUCGAAUCUGAAGCGGAGGAACAUGCAUUGGUGCUUAACACAUUACAACCUUUACUCCAAUCGGCUCCUGAGAGAACAUGUUAUCGUCUCAUUGGAGGUGUUUUGGUACAACGGACAGUGGCGGAUGUCAUUCCUACUCUCGAAACCAAUUAUUCUGGGAUUAAGGAGGUGUUGGAAACUUUAACGAAAAGUUAUAAGAAUAAAGAUGAAGAGUUUGUUGCUUUUCAAAGACAGUAUGAUAUACAAGUGAGUCCAAGGACGCCUUGA